AUGGGGGGGCCGUGCUGCUGGCUGGCACCGAGCGGGGUGCCCGGGGGCGACCGAGGGCGGCUCUGGGGGCAGUGGGACAUCCCUGCCCUGGGGACAGGGGCAGUGGGACAUUCCUGCCCCCGGUCUGACACGGCCCCAUCCCACAGCCAACACGCUCACCUUGCAGGCGUGCCGCCCAAGCCUGGCACCAUGGACGCACCACCCAUCACUCCUGGGGAGCUGCUGUGUCUGGGCUCCAGCCUCGCCUUCUCCGGCCUCUUCUACUACCUGUACAGGAAGAAAGCCAGAGUUGUGGCACGCAUACAGGAGGCCCCAAAGCUCCAAGUUGACGAUGAUUUACCAGCGCUGGUGUCUGCAGCUGAUGGGAGGUGCCUGCCUUAUGUUGCCCUGGAAGGCGUAGUGCUGCCAGCCAAGGCUGCACUGACCAGCCAUUACCAUGAGGGGCUGCAGGGCGUGAUCCAGAAACUGCUUCUGAAAGAGCAUCGGCUGAUCUGGAACAGCUUGGCCCGGAGCUGGAGCGAGAGCGAGCGGGUGCUCUCAGAGCAGGUCUACACUGUGCCCUUCUUGCUGGCCUCACCGGACACUGAGGCAGUGACGCAGGUGAGCGUGGAGAGCCCGCUCCGAGCCAUCUGCCUGCCACUGGAGACGGUGUACGAGCGGUUCCAGCAGCCAGCCCACGGCUUGCGUGACCUGCUGGGCCAGUACUUGAGCGGGGAGAAGCCUAAGGGCAUCCUGGAGACAGAAGAGAUGCUGCGGGUGGGGGCCGGGCUGACAGGCAUCGGGGAGCUGGCCCUGCACCCCGAUGGCUCCCUGCAUCUCCAGCCACCGGCCCCGGGGGGCGAGUAUUUCCUGUGCCUGGGGGACUGGCAGACGGUGCUGGCAGAGCUGGAGUCGGCCAGUGGGCUCUGGAAGGGGGCAGCUGUGCUGUGCGCCGCAGCAGGCCUGGCUGUCCUCCUGCACGCCCUGUGCCGUGCCUACCGCCGCGCCCGCCUCAAGCAGCAGCGUGAGGACAAGGAGCCAGACAGCGAGGAGGCCGGGGAUGGGGGGCCUGAGGACUCCUGUGUGAUCUGCCUGACACGGCCCCGCGAGUGCGUCCUCUUAGGCUGCGGCCACAUCUGCUGCUGCUUCCGCUGCUUCCAGGCCUUGCCUGCCCGCCUCUGCCCCAUCUGCCGGGGGCCCAUUGAUCGCGUGGUGCCCCUCUACCAGGCCUGAGAGCACCUGGGGGGUGGGCCCAGGACAGGCAGCGUGAACCAAGCCAAGCCUGGAGCCUCCAGAAAUCUCGGCUGUCUCCUGCCAUGCAGCUGAGUGAUUCCUGUUGGGAGGGAAGGGUCCUGGUGUGCCCCCCGCUCUGUUUUUGGGAGGGAGGGAGUUAUAGCCUCUUCAUCCUCCCUUUGCCUGCAGAGGGACACACACCCACCCCCCCCCACAACAUGAAGGCUUGGGGGAAAAAAGUACUCAGUGCCUGAGCUGAGGAGCCAAGUCCCCUGCCCCACGCUGGAGUGUUUCUCUGACUGCCAGCUGUUUGAUCUGUGCCCCUUUUCCAGCCCUGACCCCACCAAAAGCCACAUGGGACUUUACCCUUGUUUGGCUUUUCCAGUGCAUGGCUUUGUCUGUGGGGAGGAUGGCGGGGGCAAGACCAGGGCUGGCAGGACAGAGAGGGCAGGGUGGGGUGACAGAGAUGCCUGAGCCACUGCAGUGGCACAUCUUGGUGCCAUCAUUGUCCUCCCCCACAAUCUGUGUGCUUACAGCCACUGCCCAGACCAUGCAGGGGCACCUGGUUGCUGGCAGGGAUGAACUAUGCCCCUUUGCCAGCUGCUCUGCCACCCGGGAAGGGGGACAGUGUCCCUCCAUCCCUCUUUGCAGGGUUUCUGUUCUCCUGGAGUGGGAGUACAGCCCUGGGGCACCCCAGAGCCUG